ACGGAUGAAAGAGGGGUGAAGGGGAGCAGGUUUGAAGAUUAUUAAUCAACUAUUGAACAACACUUGCAGUGACGCUCCAAUGCUUAUUCUUGGCGGGUUUCACACUGCCACCGACCAUGGUAACGGCUGAAGGUGGGAAAGUCAAUCACGUUAUUUGGGAAUCGGGCGUAGGCUCCAGCACACCGAUCGGCGCGUCACGCGAAAACGACAUGCACCGCAUCGAAGUCCUGCGUUUAUUGAUCGUCCUCCUCUCGCGCUCCAUGUACGUAUCGCCGUCGCAAGUCCUGUCAAAGGAAGACCGAUGGCUCCAUUACAUUGUCGCUAAAACGGAACGCAAAGUGGUCUUGGCCCUGCUGUGCAGCCUGCUGAACACAGCCUGCAAGUACAACCCAUUGGGCUGGGGCGUGCCCUACAACCACGUCGUGUUUACCGAUACACGCGAGCAGCUCGUAGUCAUGUGUAUACGCGUAUUGCUGGUGAUUCUGGACUACCAUUCGCCGCGCGUGGCCCACACAAUGCGCCAGAUUGACCAGCGUGUCACGACGCCGCCUGCUGAAAUUGUUUCGGGCGCAGAUCUCUUGAUUCAGGAUCCCGAGAAGCGGGCUUUGGCUGAAAAGCAAGCGGCCGAAUUGAAAGCUGCCACUGCUGCGGGUGGAUCCUCCACCACGGAUGGUACUGCUUCAGAGUUUGAUUUGGAUGAGAAUAGCGACAACUCGUUCCGACACUAUCUUUCCAAGCUGCAUCGUGCCCAGGAUUUCCAGUUUUUGAUCGAUGGCAUUUAUCGUAUCCUGAGCAACCCAAUGCAAGCCAACAACACGUAUUUGCCCGGAUCUACCAAACGUGUCCGGUGCCAUGUCGAGAUGAUGAUGCUCUGCUGGAAACUGUUGGAGACGAAUCAGCGAUUCCGCAGCUAUCUGAUGGAAACCGAGCGCGCACUGGAUUUGAUGGUUGUUUUGGUCUAUUACGCCAUGGAAAACAAACUGGAUCCAGCCCAAGUUGGAUUGGUUCGCAUGUGUGCUUUUAUCUUGCAAACGCUUUCGUCUGACCGCACUUUUGGAGUCAAGUUGAAUCGUCCAUUUGACGGCCAUUCGUCCUUACCUGCUGUUGUUCGGAUACCCGCGUUCCAUGGAACCUAUGCUGAUUUCCUUAUCAUCUCUAUUUUCACAUUGAUCGCCACCUCUCGUGGAUCCCUCUCCACACUCUAUCCAGCACUCAUCCUUACCGUCACCAACAUUUCGCCUUACCUUAAGAAUCUUUCCGUCACAACCGCGAGCAAGUUGAUGGCACUGUUUGGUUCCAUGUCAGCUCCAGGCUUUUUGCUUGCCGACGAGUCCAACCACCGUCUCGUUGGUUACUUGCUCGAAGCAUUCAACAACACCAUUCAAUAUCAAUUUUCAGAUAACCCAAACUUGCUAUAUGCUCUCGUCCGAAGCAACGUCAAAUUUGAAAAAUUACGAGACUUUUCCUUGGAAAAGGCGAUUGCAGAGAUUGAACGUGUACGUCAAAUCAAGGAAGAAAAAUUGCGUCGCAACAGUCAACAAGUACCUCGCGUGUCUGCAUCUGAUGAUGGCAAGAGCGUCAACAGUGAAACACCACCAGCUGCUGCUACUACUACUACUACUACUCCCGCAAUUGUUGGUGGAGACAACAAAACCAAUCCAUCUCAACAGCAGGAAGAAGAUAAGCAGCAGGAUCAAGAUAAGGAGCAACAAUCACAACAACAACAACAGCAACAGCAACAGCAACAGCAAGAUGGUCUAUCAGAAAAAGCCCGUGGCAAAUUACCUGAAUCGCCUGCUGAAGGUAACGCUUCCAGCAGUACCAGCAGCAACGGUUUAGCUGCCCCUCCUGCCACAACAACGUCAAAUCCAGCUGCACCCCAACGACAGGGCAGCACGUCUUCCAUCGGAUCGGUCACAAGCACAGCCACUGUCCAGUUGCCAGGCACCAAGAAUGGCUUCAUGCCCACCGAAGACUGGGUAACGGAAUGGCAUUCACAAUUACCGAUGCAAACGAUUUUGGUCUUGUUAGAGCACCUGGUGCCGCAAGUGCAAACACUUUGCUCCACGCAAUCAUUGACGUCUGAUGCUCAAGUGCUCGAAUUCUUGCGUGGUAUGACAUUGGUCGGUAUUUUGCCACCACCACCGCCGAUCUUUAUCCGCAAGUUCCGUUGGGGCGAGGCGCUUGUGAUUUGGUUCAGAAGCAUGUUGUGGGGUCAGGCUUACGUGUCUUCCAUCACCGACUAUUGUCCGUGGAGCGGAACUCAUGUCAAGCUGUUCCAGAUCAAGCAACAGGUCGUUGGCGGCAACAAUAACGCUACUAGCAGCAAUAAUAAUAGUAAUAGUGGAUCGCUGCCAUCUUAUUCAGACCAACAAACAUCUUCUUCACCACGACCUUCUUUGUCGCCCGCUACCCCACAACAGCAAUCAAGAACGUCACCUGCUGCAGUAUAGAAGCAGAUCCAUUCCCAACCUUGUCACAUAGCACAACACACAUACUUUCUUUAUCUCCUUUUGUACUUUGUUGUUUAUACAAUAUCAUAAAUGAAAUAAUCGAUCAUAUCGAUCAUAUCGAUGAGCAAAGUAAAAGAUCAAGUUUUGUAUAUAUGCGGUGUAUGAUAUCGAACGAAAACAGAAUAAUUAUUGCUGUUGUCGUUGCUGCCUCUCGUAAAUUUUGCGUUCACAUUGUUCGAGCGUAGCAAGGUUGGAUCCCAUCUUGUUCAUCGUCUCCUGAUAUUCU